AGAAAACGACGGCCGCGACUCGCGCGUACGAACCCGCGGAGCCGAGAAUCGGCGAACCGAGAACCGAACGGCGAACCGCUCACCGAUUCCAAAGUCCGCCGACAGUCAGGCAGGUUCAGUUGUCUCCGAACCCCCGAACUGUUCGGACGCGCUUUUCAGAGGUAGUUUUUCGUCCCACGACGCGACCCGCGAUCUCAUCUUCGACACGCGUACACACCGCCGUUGAAGUGCCCCGAGAAUUCGAUUCGACCGAAUUGGAUCGAUUCGCGCGAGACAAUUCGCUCGUCCGACGUCGCGGGAACGGGGCUAGCCACGGCUGUCAACGUAGGGUUUCCUACACUCCGCUGCGUCGAUAGAACAACCCCUCGCGAGAACCAACCACCUGUCUCGCUGCCCACCGAGACGAAGGGGAACGCGAGAUCGCCGCUGAUUCGAACGAUCGAUUUGCUAAGACGUAGCCGACACGCAAAAUGGUGGCAUCGCAAAAUGACGGUGGCAGAAGUAUGGGCGGCGGCGGUGGCGACGGCGGCGGCGGCGAUGACACGGUUUACACGGUGACCGUGAGCGGGGUCGGUUACAGGAACGAGGGCUACAAGGACGACGGCACCGACGGCAUACCGCCGGAGCCGCAGAAGCCGCCGCAGUUUCCGGCGGCGGACGACGACACGCAGUCGCGGAAGUUCAAGCUGUCGCGCGGCGAGAAGUGGCGUAUCCUGAAGAACAUCGGCACCGUUUCGAUCGCCUUCAUGGUGCAGUUCACCGCGUUCCAGGGCACGGCGAAUCUGCAGUCGUCGAUCAACGCCAGCGACGGCCUCGGUACCGUCUCGCUCUCGGCCAUCUACGCCGCCCUGGUGCUCUCGUGCAUCUUCGUGCCCACUUUCCUUAUCAAGAGGCUCACCGUCAAGUGGACCCUCUGUCUGUCCAUGCUGUGCUACGCGCCGUACAUCGGCUCGCAGUUCUAUCCUAAAUUCUACACUCUGGUGCCCGCUGGAGUGCUCCUGGGUCUCGGCGCCGCGCCUAUGUGGGCCGCUAAGGCCACGUAUCUGACACAGGUCGGCGGUGUCUACGCCAAGAUCACCGACCAGCCGGUCGACGCCAUCGUCGUACGGUUCUUCGGCUUCUUCUUCCUGGCGUGGCAGACGGCCGAGCUCUGGGGCAAUCUUAUCUCUUCGCUCGUAUUGAGCGACAGUGGGCACGCCGACAACGGCAACAACACCACCACAAUCGACAGCUGGGACAAAAUCAAGCUGUGCGGCGCGGAUUUCUGCGUCCUUGGCAACGGAGGCCACGAGAACCUGGAGCGACCGCCGGAGUCGGAAAUCUACGAGAUCUCCGCGAUCUACCUCACGUGCGUCAUCAUCGCGGUGAUUAUCGUCGCUCUCUUCGUCGACCCUCUCUCCAGGUACGGUGAGAAGCAACGACGAUCGGACAGCCAAGAAUUGAGCGGCAUCCAAUUGCUCUCAGCUACGGCCUACCAGCUGAAGAAACCUUACCAGCAACUGCUGAUACCCAUCACGAUAUGGAUCGGCAUGGAGCAAGCUUUCAUCGGCGCCGAUUUCACGCAGGCGUACAUCUCCUGCGCCUUGGGCGUCCACAGAGUCGGCUACGUCAUGAUCUGCUUCGGGGUGGUUAACGCUGGCUGCUCCUUGCUAUUCGGCUCGCUGAUGAAAUUCGUCGGCAGACAGCCGCUGAUGGCACUGGGCGCCAUCGUUCACGCCUCUCUCGUGGUCGUCCUCCUCAUGUGGAAGCCUCAUCCCGACAAUCCCUACGUCUUUUUCUCGGUCUCAGGACUGUGGGGUGUGGGCGAUGCCGUGUGGCAGACGCAGGUUAACGGACUCUACGGCACGCUGUUCAGGCGCAACAAGGAGGCGGCCUUCUCGAACUACAGGCUGUGGGAGAGCGCCGGUUUCGUGAUCGCGUACGCGUACAGCACGCACCUAUGCGCCCGCAUGAAGCUGUACGUGUUGCUGACGGUGCUGAUCACCGGCACCAUAGGCUACAUCAUCGUCGAGCUGCUGCACAGACGCAAGCAACGGCGGCUAAAAGCGAUCGCCGAGGACCCGAAGGCAGCCCAGGCAGCUGCCGAGGCGAAUCAGCCGGAGGAGACCGACGACGAGAAGGACGACCUCGACGACGAGAUCAUCAUCACGCACCUGUGAGCGACGGCCCGCGUAGUCGACGUAGUCGUUCCUCUUUAAAAGUCCUCGCGUCCGCACCGCUUGUACGUCUCGUCGAUGGGGAAAUCGAGACGACAGCCGGAAGAUCCGAUUGAUCGAUCAGCGAGCACUCUUUACUUCCGCUACAUCCGUCGAGAUCUUCCGCCUGCCGUCCCCUCGUUGUUGCUUGUCAGUCCCUCUGCCCUAAACUAGAGCCGCGCUGAGAUCAUUGAGCAGCCGCGGCACUCUUCCCCGCGGGCGAGGAAAGCGUGCUUCCGGCGGUAGAUCGACGCUACCUCCGGAACGACGUGGGACCGCGUCUCAUCGCGAGGUGGUCAAAGAUUGAAGCGCGACCUCGAGGGAACGGUGAGUACGCCCACGACUUCCACGAUGAAGUGGAGACACCGGGCGUCGACUCCGAAUGCUUCUCUUCGAGGUAAUGCCGGGUGCAGGCUGAAAUCUGGCUUCCACCUUCCUCAGCGGAACCGGAGCGUGGUUGAUGGUAGAUAAGUAAAUAUACUUAUCGAUACGUAGUGGUGCUAAGAAACGCGCGAUAAUGUAAAAUUCGCCCUCGUGCUACUAAAAAUGUAGAACUUCCGCCGCCGUUACUUCAUCAAUGCCACGAUGAGGCAUCAUCUCGAUCCGUUUUCUUCGCACGAGCGGGGACAUAACGCGCGGCGCGGAGGCGAAAAGUGCAUUUUGUCGCGCACAAUCCGUGCGCAAAACGCGUUAAAAAAAUGUAUGGCAGUCCUAGAAGUAUUCAGUUUGUGUCGCGUAUUUAUUGCAAAAUUGCGAAACGACCCGGCGACUUUUAUCGCGUAUCGAGGAGAAGAAUUAAGGGAGGCCAGAAGCAUUUUUACUCUUUAAAAUCUGAAGCAUCAUUACACUUUAGAAGAAACAUUCAAUGUUUCCGUGCAUUUCCCUUCGUUUCCGCGAUCUUGUUGAACGAGAAGAAAACUUCGCCGCUGUAUCAGGCUUUUACUGAAAAUUAGUUUCAUCCGUUUGUGUUAACACGAAGAAAUGCAGGUCUUCAUCAAUCGAGUACAAUUUGUAAAUACUACUUUAUUUCGCAAAUAAAAAUGCACGCACGUAAUUUGUGAUUAACGAGAAUUGACGCGAAAAUUGGUCGUAUUUAUUCGAGGAUAUUCAGGAUAUAUUUUCCUUUCAAUUUAUAAUACUCGUUUGUAAUACGUUUAAAGAAAUCGUUUGAAGGAAGGAGACAAUCGUCGCUGUGAAAUGUAUCAUACGUCGUGAGGAAUGUCUUUAUAUCAGUCACGUAUGGCAGUCGGAGUCCCUCGUAUUUCUUUUCUUCCGAGAGAAACACGUGAGAUAUCGGUGUGAGUCUACAUGCGAAAACAGUAUUUUUCCCGCCGGGAAUAAGCGAACCGAGGGGAAUAGACGGAGGUGCGUUCUUUGCGGGGGGAUCGAGUUCCUAAUCUUCAAAGUUUCGCGAUCAUUUCGCUUGUACGCGAUCAUCCCUCUAUUACUCCGUUCUAAUUCUUCGUUUUACUUCGUAUAAGAGAAAACUUUCUUAUUUUCCGCAUCCAGGAUUUAAAGAUAUUCUUUUUCGCAGCCGAAGUAAUGAAAAUAAUGAAAUAAGCGUCUUCUUAUGUCGCAUGCAUUGGGCCACACGUCGCGGUUGAAAACUUCGAAGAGCGAAGCUCGGUCGAUCACCCAACGCUACGGCCUAUUCUCCGCGGGAAUCUUAUCGCGUGUCGCUUUUCGUUAAACCAGGCGGACUAGGCGCAAGAAACAUAUCAAGUCACUACAAACAUCGCAAACCGCUUG